UGCAGCUGUGACUUCUCAAUGGAGAUCAUUGUAGCGACAACACGUAGUUGGAGCUAGGGAGCUGAGCAGCACAGUUAUUGCAAUCACGUUGAACGCGCCACUCACUGUCUGUGGCAGUGGCAUCGUCCGGACGGUGUGAGAGAGAGGAAGACAUCAAACGACAGUAGUGGUAAGGGGAGGUUUAUAAGAUGUUACAGCGCGGCUUUCUCAACACUUCGACUGUGGCAAUGCCUUUACAAUGUGUUGGAUUCUUUUUUGGAGCAUUGGCUAUGUGAUUGCGGGUUCCUUUUGAGUGCGUUCCAGAGAGGAAAAGGCUCCAAUUAUCAACUGCAGGUGUGAAGUAGACGUGUUCUGACACCUUGGCAACCAGCAAUCACAAUCCAUCCGUCUGUCUGCUGAAGGAUACACUUGCUCGUUAAACACCACCUGGAGUGUCUCUUCUGUUCAACCCUCCAGUUACUCAGUGAAUGGUGGACAACGCUGGUGGAUGGUGGACAACRCUGGUGGAUGGUGGACAACGCUGGUGGAUGGUGGACAACGCUGGUGGAUGGUGGGACAACGCUUCUUCUUGAGUCUUUUCCAGUAAAAUUUCAACAAACAAAUUGUAUCACAAAGAUGCGACUGAACUGUCCCCCCAUGUGGAGUGUGAUUAGCGUGUUGAUUGUGCUCGUACCCAUUUGGGAGAUGGGCUGCUCUGGCCUGAGCUUUAACUCAGUGCCCCUGCCGCCGGUCGGGACGUACCAAAGAAGCUGCGAAGGGGGGGCACACCACAGGCAGAGGCGCAGCUGGGUGUGGAACCAGUUCUUUGUGCUGGAGGAGUACAUGGGGGACGAGCCACUCUACGUGGGCAAGCUGCACUCGGACGUGGACAAGGGUGAAGGCCAGGUGAAGUACGUACUCAAUGGAGAGGGAGCUACCUCCAUCUUCACCAUCGACGAGAACACGGGUGACAUCCACGCCACCAAGCGUCUGGACCGCGAGGAGCAGGCUUACUACACGCUCCGGGCUCAGGCCAGGCACCGCCACACCAACCUGCCCGUGGAGCCAGAGUCUGAGUUCGUCAUCAAGGUCCAGGAUAUUAACGACAAUGAGCCCAAGUUCCUGGAUGGACCCUACUCAGCCAGGGUCCCCGAGAUGUCCCCAGUGGGCACAUCUGUGGUGACGGUGGUGGCGACAGAUGCGGAUGACCCCACGUAUGGAAACAGUGCCAGGGUGGUCUACAGUAUCCUUGAGGGCCAGCCCUACUUCUCCGUGGAACCAAGAACAGGCGUGGUCAGGACGGCUCUGCCCAACAUGGACCGCGAGGCUCGGGAACAGUAUCUGCUCGUCAUACAGGCCAAGGACAUGGUGGGCCAGAUGGGAGGACUCUCCGGGACCACCUCUGUCACGGUGACGCUCACUGACGUCAACGACAACCCWCCACACUUCUCUCGCAAAAGUUAUCAGUUCAGUGUGCCCGAGUCCCUGCCGUUGGCCACGACGGUAGCCAAGAUAAAGGCGCUAGACUCAGAUGUGGGACCCAAUGCUGAGAUGGAGUACAGGAUCGUGGAUGGGGACGGCCUGGGACUGUUCCGAAUCACCCCCGACCCAGACACACAGGAGGGCCUCAUCACUCUGCAAAAGGGCCUGGACUUUGAGACCAAGUCGAGCUACACCCUGCGUGUCGAGGCGUCCAAUAGAAACAUCGAUCUGCGAUUCCUGUCCCUGGGGCCGUUUAGCGACACAGCUACAGUGCGCCUCAAUGUGCAGAACGUGGACGAGCCGCCCGUCUUCUCCUCGCCGUUCAGCAAGAUGGUAAUCUCGGAGGAGGCAACGGUAGGCACCACCAUCGGGACCAUCUUCGCACACGACCCAGACUCCACCAACAGUCCCAUCAGGUACUCUAUAGACCGCAACACCGACUUGGAGCGUUUCUUCAACAUAGACRCCACCACCGGUGUCAUCAGCACCGCCAAGCCGCUGGACAGAGAAGUUAACGCCGUACACAACAUCACCAUCUUCGCCACGGAGAUCCUGGACCCAUUGCAAGUGGGAAAGGGUGUAGUUCUGAUCACAGUGACGGACAUCAAUGACAACGCGCCUGUCUUCGCCAUCGAGUACGAGACCUACCUUUGUGAGAGUGCCAGACCUGGACAGGUCAUUGAGACCAUCAGUGCUGUUGACCGAGACCAGCCUCAGAGUGGACACCGCUUCUUCUUCUCUCUGACCGCUGACGCUGCUGGGAAUUUCAACUUCACCCUGAGAGACAACAAAGGUAAGUGUCUGACCCGGAAUGGUGAAGGAGAGCCCGCAGUGCUGGUCCUGUUGAUCAUCACCAUGCAGCGACGGAGGAAGAAGGAGCCCUUGAUCCUGGACGAGGAGCGUGACGUGCGCGAGAACAUUGUGCGCUACGACGACGAGGGCGGCGGCGAGGAGGACACCGAGGCCUUUGACAUGGUCGCUCUGCGCAACCUCAACGUAGUCCGCGAGAGCGGCAGCAAGAACCGCCGUGACGUCACCCCAGAAGUGCCCACCCUCUUCUCGUCUUCCCGGCCACCGCCGGACAACGGCAUCUUCCGCGAGUUCAUCUGGGACCGGCUGAAGGAGGCCGACGUGGACCCGUCAGCACCGCCCUACGACUCACUGCAGACGUACGCCUUCGAGGGCAGCGGCUCAGCCGCAGAGUCCCUCAGCUCGCUGGAUUCGCUGAGCAUGGACUCAGAGCAGAACUACGACUACCUUAGCGACUGGGGGCCACGCUUCAAGAAACUGGCAGACCUCUAUGGCCACAACGACGGCGGCAACCUCUUCGUCUCUUAGCCCUCGGUUGAGCCCCGCCGAAACCAUCAGUGCGGACAACAGAACAAACAAGUGAAGGAAACGGAAGGAUAUGAAUAAGGAUACAAGAAAGGAAAUUUUAGAUGACGAUGGGAUGAUGCUGUACUCUGAGAGGACAUUUUGAUUGGUGUGUAUAAUUGCAUCAAUGUGGGUUGAGAAUAAACUGUAGGAUGGUGGUUUUCCAUUCAAAAAUGUUUUUUUGGGGGGGCACUCUGCACACUGGCUGGAUUUUUCAAAGAAAGACAUUUUGGAGAUUUUGUUAGUAAUGUUUUAACAUGAUGGAAAUGAUGCAAAGCUUAAAACGUUGGGACGGUCUCCAGACCCGUUUGGAAGGACCUCAACGCACAAAUGUCCAGACUUUCGCAUGUCACAAUGAUGUUCAAACGGGACGAGGAGUGAACCGAUAUCUAUGCUUCAGUGGUGUUACAACAGUGACAUUUUCAAGUACAACAUCUUGUCAUGGUGAAAUGAAUAGCCUGACCUCUUCAACUGGCCCUGUAGUCUGUCCCAGGGUUCACUAUGAUCUGUAACAUUUGUUUCAAACGGAUAUUUAGGGGUUCACAGCUUUGCUGUAAAACCUAUUGUUAUUCUUAGAUUAUAAUGUUUUCCUUGACAUGGUAAAAAUAACUCAAGCUUAGAUUGAUAACUUUUGUUCGAAUUUGGCACACAGAAACUAGAGGCAAUGAGUAACCUGGUCUAAAAGAAUGGUACUGAUUGACCUAUAGGUGGCGCUGUUAUACGCAGUCUCACUUAAACCCUCAUAUCCGCCGCCCAGUUUGACCUACAGACUUUAAACUUUGUAUGUAGGUGUCUUUCCUCAUGCUGAAUAAAUUUACCUCAAGGACCCAUAAGGCCAGCCAGGAUAGAUUUUCCUUCAUCUUGGACAUUUUGGAAAACCUUUGAAAAACGUAUACUCGUGAUAAAAAUAACAUACAUAAGGGAUUGGUUAACAGGGCUGAGUAAUUAUUAAAUCUAGAAAUCUGAUUUACUUGUCCAUUUAAAUCCUUUGUAAAUCCAUUUCACAAUGGCCUGUCAAUUUGUAACUUCUUAAGUUUGGCAUUGAUAUUGUUAAAGGCCGAAUUUAGCUGUUUUUAUAUCAAUAUCAAAUAAUUUCUUGUUAACAAUUAAAUACCUUACUGUAAUAGAUUUCCAUUGAAAUGGACAACAAUAGCUUUUUAGCAAAUAACUAUUUCUCAAGCAAGAAGGAUUUUCUGGGAGUGGUGUAAGUGGGGAUUGGAAAACUCAAAACUAGCUGUUUUUGGCAGGGAGGUUUGGAACUCUUUGUUAUUGGUCUAUUAACCAAUUUACCGCCUGGUGAUAUCACCAGGUGGUAAAUUGAACUCCCGCCCAUGCAAACCUUCUGAUUACAACAUUCAGUGUAGAUUGUAUUUUCAAAAGAUGGCAGAGUUAUUGACAAAUAAAAAUUUGGAUGUAACUUUUUUUUACUGCAAAUCUAUUCCACAGUGGCCUAUCAACGUGAAACUAUUAUUGACAUCCCUAAAAUGAACCACACUGAAUUAUUAUUAGCUCGUUCUUUUCAUAUGUACCACUAAUGCUCAAAACCACAUUCUCCUCAUAAAACCAAAUGUCACUUUCACUCCAUAUUUUGAUUGCACUUAAAGGAAGAUGCUUCCUACAUGAUAGAGUGCUUUGUUAUUCAAUUGAUCUUGUGUCCUUUGUCAUCCUGUGAACCCUGUUCAUUGCUGCUGGCAGGCAGUUAUAUUUAUGGAACAGAUUCUCAAAACAGGAUAACUCCUUAUGGAUUUUACAGCAGGUUUUCAUCAAUGGUGGAUUUGAUCAAUUCAGGCUUACUCUGGUCCAUAGUCAGUAGGGCUCACCGUAGCAACAUUUUUUGAAACAGAAAACAGAAAUGGGUGUUUCUUAUUCGACCGGUAGUCCAGUAGUCUCUCUCCCUUUUCUUCCAUUUGGUGCCUAACGAACACGGUCAUGAUCUCAUGAUCUCAUCUCAUGAUCCUAUAACGGUAUCUAGACACCUGUCCGAUUUGUCCGCUCUCUCGCUCAAGUUCCGAAUGAACAUGCUUAGAGUGUCGCAAUGCCUCUGAACGGUGUAGCAGGGAAGGUGAGAUGAGGCAAAGAGACUGGGGUUGGGUGGGUAGCGAUGAAGAAAACACUACCAUGUCAGAGCCUGGAAGCCUUGUAAACAUCUGCAGUGAAUGCACCGUAUUGGUAAGUUCAAAAUUUAAAGCUGUUGUGAUUGUUUUAUCUAUCCUAUGAGGUGUUCUAGCAACCAUGAUGGUUAAAAUUGUUUUUCAGUUGUUUUUUUUUACGGAAACAUAGCUGUAACAGCAUUGGAAAAUACAGUUAGUGUUGGAAAAGAUUUUACAGCAAAGCUGUGGGCACUUGUAAAAAUACCAAGCCAAGGAGAAUGUCAACAGUGAAUUUUGCAUGCAGUGAGUAGAAAUGGAACAUGUAGGAAAUCCAGGAUGGAAAAACAAGGAAAAAACAGCAGGGGAACAAAACAAAUCUAGUUUUUGGUCAAAGAGCUCUGAUGAGGCCUUAUACAUUUGAUGCUCAUUAGUUGGAGAAAAACAUUACACCAUAAAUGGAACCAACACAGUUCUGCAUAUCCUUUAUGAUACUAUCAUGCUGACCCAAACCGUACAAUGUUGACAAUACAUUUUUUUUUUUGGUCAUUGUCCCAUUGUCAACAGUUUCAUCAACUAUAGUGGAUGUGUAACACACCACCCUCAUGCGUAUAGUUCAACAGUACAGUAAAAUGUUACUUAAAUCCAACAGGUAUAAUGAAGUACAAUGCAGUCCAAAUGCAUUGAUCGAGAGCAACAACAUUAAGCACCUGGUAAGAUCCCUCUUAUAAUAUCUUCAGUUUCAGCUCAUAACGAUCUUCAUUUAUUAUCAGCUAUUUUGAGGCUGUUGAACAAAUGUAUGCCUAGAAAUAUCUAAAGUUGAUUAUAAACGUAUAAUAUACGUUUUUAUUAUAUUAUUCUUUACUAUAAUAAAUCGUUAUACUGUUGGCUUGAAGUGUUACCAGAAAUUAGGAAGACAUGUGCCUAUACUUCUUUAAACAGCCAUCCACAGUACAGUAUUUGAGUUACAUAAAAACAAUAAAACCUUUUAUAGGAUUCUUUUCAGUUAGAAAAACACAUUUAAUUAAUAUCUUUUUGGGGGAUUUCAAUGAAUGCAUUUUAGCUAAUCUCUACCACAACUGAUAAUUAAGUAAUUCUGCUUCCAAAGUGAUGAUAAUGAAGAUUGAGGUUAUUUUCUUUAGUAAUGGCUGUCGUCGUUAAGGAAACACAAUUAUUUGUUAACUGCCUUGCUAAAUGGAAUUUUAAAGAGAUAUCGAAAUCUCGUCAGGCCUGCCUCAAAGUUCUAAUAAAUAUACAUUUAAUUAAUCAGAUUGCCAGAGAUCAUCUGCACUUGGAUGAGACCCAAAGGGAGAGACUUUGCUUUACCGCAAAAAUGUGUGUAUACAAAAAGAUAUAUACACAAAUUAAAACUAUCGUCAAUAAAUUAUGAGUUUGUUCUAUAUUUCUUUGGUAUAGAAAGUUGUAUUUUAUCCAUGAAGCAUUUCAUUUGCACCCAUUCUUAAUUGACUCAGUUGCUGUUCUUGUUACGGUAUUAGAAUACUGCAAACCUUUAGGUUAUAGUGGAGACUUAAGGUGUGCAUGUCUUCAUGUCAUAUAUCCCACCUGUACAGCUGUACCUGUACAUUAUUACUUGUGAGGGACGUACUAAAUUACGAGAAACAAAAAAUAGCCCCGUUUCAGACUGAUUGGAUGCAUAAUCACUUUUUGUGAAUAGCAGCAAAUAGUGUAACGGUGGGUGCUGACAGCACCUUUACGGUCUUUCAAAAGAAAUAUCUAAAAUGUCAUCUUGAUAAUUAAUGCCACGAAAUAUUGAUGUCAUAAUUCAUUUUAUUAAAGAACUUAAGCGUUUAGGAGUACCUGCACGUCUCUUUUAGUGGCUUAUAUAUAUUUUUUAUAUUUUACAUUUAUGUAAACAACUUUGUGAUUAUUUGGUUGAUGUUUUUUUGUUUUUUUACGAAAGCAUUGUAUGUACGCACGGCUUGUUUUCACUCUGAUCUAAGGAAUAUUACACCCGGUGAAUAUCAAAGUGGCCUUGCCUGUUAGGAAAAGAGAAAAUGGACAAACUGGUGUCAAGUGACUGAUGAGGUGUUCACAAAGAGGGCAUCCUCAGUCUCAGCAGGACUUGUGUCAGUCUCACCGUAGACUGACGACAUUCUGAACCCCAACACAACUCAACACUGCUCAGCAGACAAUCACUGCUCUGCCCCCUCCCCCCAACCCAGCCAGUCUUGUGUAUUUGUGCAUAGAGAGAGGAAACUGAAACUCACAUUUUUUUUGUAAAGGAAAUGUAAAAGGAAAUGCCGACAAUGGCUCUUGACUGUAAGUCACCUGUUCAACUUUCAAUAAAGUCAUAAAUAUUG